GUGGAAAAUAUGGGCGUAAACAAAACAACACCUGAAGAAGAAAAAGAUCCGGAAUUUUGGCGGAACUUGGCAAGGAGUGAAGUACUGAAGGCUGUAGAAAAACAAAAACUGAAUGUUAAUAAAGCCAAGAAUAUUAUUAUGUUCCUGGGCGAUGGAAUGUCCUUGUCUACAGUGACAGCUGCUCGCAUACUCAAAGGUCAACGUAAAAAUCGCAAUGGCGAAGAAGAUGCCUUGAGUUUUGAAAAAUUCCCUCAUAUUGGAUUGAGCAAAACAUAUUGUGCCAAUGCCCAAGUUCCCGAUUCGGCCUGUACUGCCACGGCAUAUUUGUGUGGUGUAAAAGCAAAUAGUGUAACCAUCGGUGUUAGCGCCAAUGUGGAAUAUAACAACUGCAGUGCCAGUAUGGAUCAAGCUAAUCAUGUCUCAUCGAUUGCUGUAUGGGCUCAAAAAGCCGGUAAAGCAACUGGUUUCGUCACCACAACCACAUUGACCCAUGCCAGUCCUGCUGGUACUUAUGCCCAUGUUGCCAAUCGUUUAUACGAAAGUGAUACUGAUGUAAAGGCCUAUGGCCAAGAUCCCAACACAUGCCUAGAUAUGGCCCAACAACUUGUGCUGCAAGAGCCCGGACGUAACUUCAAUGUUAUGAUGGGCGGUGGUAUGGCCAAAUUUUUGCCAAACACAGUCAAAGAUGCCCAUGGCAAUAAUGGCAUACGUGAAGAUGGUAAAAAUCUCCUUGACACUUGGCAGAUCAUGCAUCCAGAUGGUGCCUUGGUUACAAAUCGCGAUGAACUCUUGAAUGUAAACACCACUAAAGUUUCUCACAUUAUGGGUAUCUUCCAUUCGAAAUUAAUGGACUAUCAAGCUGUGGCUGAUAAAUCCCAACCUUCAUUAUCUGAAAUGACGGAGACAGCUUUGAAACUAUUGCAGCGCAACGAACAGGGUUAUUUCGUAUUUAUUGAAGGUGGCAACAUCGAUAAUGCCCAUCAUGAAAAUAAGGCGGCCAUGUCUUUGGACGAGACUUUGGAAUUUGAAAAGGCAAUUCAGCUAGCCCGCGACAUGACAAACCCCGAAGAGACACUAAUUGUUGUCACAGCCGAUCACGGUCAUGGUUUAACUAUAAAUGGUUAUCCCGGUCGUGGUUCAUCCAUAUUGGGCUUAAAUCCAAACGAUGUCGCAGCUGAUGGUCUUAAGUAUUCCACACUCAGCUAUCCAUUGGGUCGUGAUCAGUAUAUGGACGAAAAUGGUAAACGUAUGGACUUGGAAAAAAUUCCACGCAAUAUUGAAACCAUUUAUCCCAGCUAUAUAAAAUCGUACUCUGGUCAUCAUUCGGGUGAUGAUGUUGGUGUUUUUGCUUCAGGUCCUUUUGCUCAUUUAUUCAACGGUGUUUUGCAACAAAAUACCAUUCCUCACUUGAUGGCCUAUGCAGCUUGCAUUGGUGAUGGACUCACAAUGUGUGAUGAAGAGAUGAAUGUGUAA